ACAAAUGUCUGUUGUUGGCAACGCUUAUUAAGGGCUCAAUUAAAACAAACCUGAUUCGCGGGCGAAGGACAAAAUUAAGUUACAUUGAAUAAAAGGAGUUUAAUUGAUUUUCCAAUUAUGUCACGGAGGAAGCUGGCGCAAGACAAUAUUCCAGCCCCAACAUCUUUUAGUGGAGACUCAAAACUUACAGUAAAUGCAUUGCAGCAGUUUGCUGCCAGAAAGAAACGUUGUCUUGCGUCGCAGCCGACGGAAGAGUGUGCAAAAGUGUUUACUGUGCCUCCAGAAACUACAUUGCAUUCCAAAAGCUCUGAGACAAAGCAAUCAAUUUGGAGUCGGUUUUACACACUUGAGUGUAAAUUAAAUAACGAUUUGCAAAACAUUUUAAAACCACCUGGUAUUACUCAUGUCUACAAUCCUGUGGAAUAUGCUUCGAGUAUACAUUGCGCCUACUUGGAAAAGUAUUUGGAUGGUCCGAAACGUGUUGUGUUUGUUGGUAUGAAUCCAGGGUCGAAUGGGAUGGGCCAAACUGGGGUGCCGUUUGGUAAUAUCUUGACUGUUCGUGAUGAAAUGGGCUUGACAGGUUCAGUUCAGCAACCUCCUUCGAUACAUGCAAAGCGGCCAGUAUCAGGAUUGGAGUGCAAUAUCGAAGAACCCAGUGGUGUGCGAAUUUGGAGUUUGUUUAAAAAGUUGGCGGGUGGAUCAUUAAAUAAUUUUGGUCGCCAAUGUUUUGUACAUAACUUUUGUCCGUUAAUUUUUUACGAUAGUGCCGGACACAAUAUUACUCCUAGUGAGUUAAAAGGUGAUUAUAAGGCAAAAAUUGGAAAAGCAUGUUUAGAUGUACUGGACUUGGAAUUAGACUUGUUAAAAACGGAAAUUUUGGUGGUGAUCGGAUCGUACAUGCACGACAUGGUAAAACGUUCUCGCCAUGCGAGUAGUUUGAAAAUAUGUAAGCUUCCUCAUCCGAGCCCCCGUUCUUUGAAUAAUCAUAAUUGGCCCGAAAAGGCCGAGAAACUUCUUUACGAAUUUGAUCUCAUAAAAUAUAUCGGCGAUGAAGUGUAGCAUUUAUCUAGUUAUUCGGGUCUUUUGCUAAAUCACACAUUGUCCAAUUUUUGGCAUGCCUGCUGAAAAGAAAUUAUGAAUCCGAAUUGCACCAAUGUUUAUCGGACUCAAUAAUGACAAUAACAUAAAUUUCACAAAAUAGGCUACGAUGGAUUUAGCAAUAUUCCCUAAUAUAUAUGUACAUAUUAAAUAAUAUAUAUUUUUUUUUGUUACAGUCGCUUUCAUACAAUUUCUAAUUUAAUUUAUUGUUUGGGCUAUUUAUUUCUUCACCAAUAAUUAAAUUCCAUACUUACGUUCAUUGUUUUCCUGAAUCGGAUGUUACAGUUUUCCGAAACUUGAAUUGAGAUUCGACUCUAAUUAAACUAUAUUUUUCAUUUUUAUUUAAUUUUUGCUUUAAAAUUUCCAUGUUUCAUCAAUAAACAAAUUA